AUGCACGGUGGCCAGGUUUCUCUUGAAGUGCCUAAGACAGCUCCACACCCUCCACCCAGGUACAAAGACUACCAUGUCCGAGAAAGUCUUCCUACAGAAGAUGAUGAGACACCUCACGAUUCUGUUGAGUUUGUUUCUGGUCUCUCUUCCCAAACUAAAAUCUCAGAUAUCAUUGAUUUCUUCAAUGAUGUUGGAGAAGUUGUUCAUGUUCGACUUAUAAUAAACCAGGAUAGUCGGCAUGCGGGCUAUGGCUAUGUUGAGUUUGCUUCCCCCAACGCAGCAAAGGAGGCGCUGGAAACAAAGAUCGGUGAAUAUUUGCAUGGUGGGAAGAUUUUUCUUGAAGUGGCUAAGACAGCUCCAUACCCCCCACCCAAGUAUUGCAUAGAUCACAAGGUUGGGUGUACGAAGACGCCUUUCGACAAGAAAGUCUUCCGACAGAAGCUGAGACACCUCCUGAUUUUGUUGAGAAUUAAUUUCUUCAAAGAUGUUGGAGAGGUUGUUCAUGUUCGACUUGUUGUAGACAACAUGGGCAAGCAUAGGGGCUGGGGCUUUGUUGUGUUUGCUGCUUCUUAUGAAGCAGUGAAGGCGCUGGAAACAAAGAACGCUGAAUAUUUGCAUAAUUCAAAGAUUUAUCUCGAUGUGGCUAAGGCAGCUCCAUGCCGUCCACGACCCAAGUAUGAAGAGUAUCUUCAACGAGAAAGCCUUUGGAUAGAUGAAGAUGAGGCAGUGGAAGGACUUGUUGAAAUUCCCAAUUUGGUUGAGGCCGUUUCCGCAAGAAAAAAAACGCUCUUUGUUUCCAAUUUCUGUAAUCCCCGACAUAGAAUAAUACCAAAAAUCAUCGAUUUCUUUAAAGAUGUUGGUGAAGUUGUUCGUGUUCGACUUUUUGUAAACCACGAGGGUAGGCAUGUGAGCUGUUGCUUUGUUGAGUUUGCUUCUGCUAACGAAGCAGAGAAGGCAUUGGACACGAAGAACGGUGAAUGUUUGUACAGUCGUGAGAUUUUUCUUGACGUGGCUGAGAUGGCUCCUUACCCUUUCCAUCCCAGGUACAACCUUGUGGAGAAGCUUUGGUAA